AUGAGCUACUUUGUGGAUUCUGCAGUGAGUGGCCCUGCCACCUACUCAGCGGCUAGACCUGCAGUGCUGAGGCAGGGACCUCUCAACUCUUAUGAAGAUCCCCGAAUGGCCUGUGGUUUCCAGUCGGCCUAUCAUCCACCAAGAGCUUAUUACCCGUUCUGGGAAGAGACAGCUACUCAGGAAGUGCCCACCGGCCUUGAACACUAUGGCUCAGAUAUGGAAUGUGCAGAUGUCCCACUCUUAACUCCUAGCAGCAAAGAAAUGAUGUCUCAAGCCUUGAAAGCUACUUUCAGUGGUUUCUCUAAAGAGCAGCAACGUCUGGGAAUUCCAAAAGACCCCCGGCAGUGGACAGAGACCCACGUUCGGGACUGGGUGAUGUGGGCUGUCAAUGAGUUCAGCCUGAAGGGUGUGGACUUCCAGAAGUUCUGUAUGAAUGGGGCAGCCCUCUGCGCACUGGGAAAAGACUGCUUUCUUGAGCUGGCCCCGGACUUUGUUGGGGACAUCUUAUGGGAACACCUGGAGAUCCUGCAGAAAGAGGAUGUGAAGCCAUACCAAGUUAAUGGAGUCAACCCUCCCUACCCAGAGUCCCGCUAUACCUCGGAUUACUUCAUUAGCUACGGUAUCGAGCACGCCCAGUGCGUCCCUCCCUCGGAGUUCUCCGAGCCCAGCUUCAUCACAGAGUCCUACCAGACUCUCCAUCCCAUCAGCUCGGAGGAGCUCCUCUCCCUCAAAUAUGAGAACGACUACCCCUCGGUCAUCCUCCGGGACCCUCUGCAGACGGAGACGUUGCAGACUGACUACUUUGCCAUCAAACAGGAAGUGGUGACCCCAGACAACAUGUGCAUGGGGCGGGCCAGUCGUGGUAAGCUCGGGGGCCAGGACUCCUUCGAGAGCAUAGAGAGCUACGACAGCUGCGACCGCCUCACCCAGUCCUGGAGCAGCCAGUCGUCUUUCAGCAGCCUGCAGCGCGUCCCCUCCUACGACAGCUUCGACUCCGAGGACUAUCCAGCCGCCCUGCCCAACCACAAGCCCAAGGGCACCUUCAAGGACUAUGUGCGUGACCGCGCUGACCUCAACAAGGACAAGCCCGUCAUCCCUGCUGCAGCCCUAGCCGGCUACACAGGCAGCGGACCGAUCCAGCUGUGGCAGUUUCUUCUGGAAUUACUCACAGAUAAGUCCUGUCAGUCUUUCAUCAGCUGGACAGGAGAUGGCUGGGAAUUCAAGCUUUCUGACCCAGAUGAGGUGGCCAGGAGAUGGGGAAAAAGGAAAAACAAGCCUAAGAUGAAUUAUGAGAAACUGAGCCGUGGUCUUCGCUACUAUUAUGACAAAAACAUCAUCCACAAGACAGCGGGUAAACGCUACGUGUACCGUUUUGUGUGUGACCUGCAAAGCCUGCUGGGGUACACGCCUGAGGAGCUCCAUGCCAUGCUGGAUGUCAAGCCCGACGCCGACGAGUGA